GUGCCAGUCAGCUCCAGCCGUGCCAAAUGUAAGCAUCAAGGCUCUUGUAGCGUGACUUCCUGAGCACUCCACGAAUUAAGAACAUUCCACUACGAUACAAUUCAAGGCCUGAUCGCAUCAUCUUCCCCGUUCAGUGCAUUCUACUGUCGUCUUGAUUCGUGUAUAUCUGAAAGAAUACAAACAUGGGUGGCUUUUCGUUUGACAAUUACCAGCGCAACAAGUUCCUGACGGCGAAGGGAUACCCCGUGCCAACCGCUACCGCGACCGGUACUACUAUCGUCGGAUGCCGAUUCGAUGGCGGCGUGGUGAUUGCUGCUGAUACGCGAGCGACCGAGGGAGAGAUCGUGGCUGACAAGAACUGCGAGAAGUUACAUCGGAUGUCGCCCAACAUUUGGUGUGCCGGUGCUGGAACUGCCGCUGAUUGCGAAAUGGUCACUCAGCUGAUUUCGUCCAACCUCGAACUUCACGCCAUGAGCACUGGACGAGCACCAAGAGUCGUUACUUGUCUGACAAUGUUGAAGCAACACUUGUUCAAAUAUCAGGGCCACGUCGGCGCCUAUCUGAUUGUCGCUGGCUGCGAUCCAACAGGACCGAAGCUUUUCUCAAUUCACGCUCACGGAUCAACUGACGUCGGAUACUACCUGUCCCUCGGAUCUGGCUCUAUGGCUGCCAUGGCCACGUUGGAAUCAAAAUGGAAGAGCUCGAUGACCAAGCAGGAAGCGAUGGAUCUCUGCGCUGAGGCUAUCGAGGCCGGUAUCUGGAACGAUCUUGGUUCUGGUUCGAACGUCGACAUGUGCGUUAUGGAGGUUAACAAGCCCGCUGUCCUGCACAGAAACUACCGCACCCCCAACGAGCGAUCGAUCAAGCAGAAAUCCUACGUCUUCCCGCGAGGAACCACAGCCUACUUGAACGAGAAAGUGAAGCCGAUGAUCAAGCCUGUUGCGUACGAUAUAUUCGAGGAGACCGUGACGUCGACGGGAGGCGAGCAAAUGGAGAUUGAUGGUUAGAGCUUGUUCAUACUUGUUGUUUUUCUUGUUGCGCUCUACGGUUUAUUUGUAGGUAUUACUGAUAGUAUAUGAAAGCUAUUAUCCGGAAUC